CUCCACCCCGGACUCAGCAGAGGCUCCCGCAGCCCAGCAUCCAUUCGAGCUUCUGAGGCAGAAAGGGUGCUCCUGGGGCCCUGGCCGGUCACGCUCGCCCGGGAUGCGAGUCCCUGCACCGACGCCCCGCAAAGGCCGGCAUGGGCGCGGCUACUCUCCGUGCACAGGGAUGAAGCUGUCCUGGGGGCCCCGGCGCCCCGCCUCGGCCAACCCUGCGGGACCCUGAGGCCGCCACCCCGAGCUCUGUGCUGCUGGGCUCCCAGAGUUGCCUGGGGUGCCCUCUCUAACCGCCGAACCUCCUGCGGUCCUCCUUGACCCGGACCCAUGGAGCCGGCGGUGCUGGCCUCGCACAACCUGCAGCACCACGAGCCAAUCAGCUUCGGCAUUGAUCAGAUCCUGAGCUGCCCGGAGGCCCCCGGGAGCGGCCUAGGCCCGGGUCGCGUGAGCCAGGCCCAUGGAGAGAGUGCAGCGUUCUCGGGUGGAUUUCACGGAGCCUCAAGCUACGGCCCCGCGGGCUCGCUGGGCCCGCUACCCAGCAGCUCCAGCGUGGGCCCAGGCGGCGUGAUCCGCGUCCCGGCGCACCGCCCGCUGCCAGUGUCGCCUCCCGGGGGAGGUGCGCCUGCGGUGCCUGGCCCCUCGGGCUUGGGCGGCGCCGGGGGCUUAGGGGGACUCACCUUCCCUUGGAUGGACAGCGGCCGCCGCUUUGCCAAGGACCGGCUCACGGCUGCGCUCUCGCCCUUCUCUGGGACGCGCCGCAUCGGCCACCCCUACCAAAACCGGACCCCACCAAAGCGUAAGAAGCCGCGCACAUCCUUCUCCCGCUCACAGGUGCUGGAGCUGGAGCGGCGCUUCCUGCGCCAGAAGUAUCUGGCCUCAGCUGAGAGGGCGGCGCUGGCCAAGGCCCUGCGCAUGACCGACGCUCAAGUCAAGACGUGGUUCCAGAACCGGCGCACCAAGUGGCGGCGCCAGACGGCGGAGGAACGCGAGGCGGAGCGGCACCGCGCGGGCCGGCUGCUCCUGCACCUGCAGCAGGACGCUCUACCGCGGCCGCUGCGGCCGCCGCUGCCCCCAGACCCGCUCUGCCUGCACAACUCGUCGCUCUUCGCGCUGCAGAACCUGCAGCCCUGGGCUGAGGACAACAAAGUGGCUUCUGUGUCUGGGCUCGCCUCGGUGGUGUGAGAGACGCUGCCCCGCCGGCCGAGUGCUUUUCCGGACCGAGGUGCCGCGUGGAGCGCGUGGCCAAGGGCUGUGGGGCGCGCGGCUGCCCUUACCUUGGCAGCGCAACGCGUGAGGAGCCAGCCUUGAGGCUCCUGUCUAGGGAUCCUCGGCCACUGCGGGCUCCUGGGCCAGCGUGGCACACUUGCCCGGCAUGUUCAGACGCAGCCUUUCCCGCGGUUUUUCACUUGGAUUGUCUCACCGCUGCUGGAAUCCCAGGCGGCGAGGGGG